AUGCCUACGACGCAGAAGACGCUGCUCUUCCUCGGAGGCUUCUUCACCAGCUUGGGGUCCUUCGUGGUGAUCUGCUCGAUUCUGGGCACCACCCAGUGGGUCAGCAGCAAAGUGUUCUUCAGCGACCCGGCCUCUAACGGCACCAUCACCUUAUCCUACGGUCUUUUCAGUGGCCAGAGCAACCAGAAAUUUGACAAUGGGCUGCAGGAACCAACAAAAUAUUUUAAUGUCCUAGAGCUCCUGAGCACCUCUCCCGCCAAGACCCUGCACUCGCUGGUCAUCUUCUUCCUGGUCAUGGCGCUGGUCACGGCCCUGCUCAGCGCCGGCUUCUCCCUGUACAACAGCAUCAGCAACCCCUACCAGACGUUCAUGGGGGCCGUGGGGGUCUACACCUGGAGCGGACUCAGCAUGACCCUCGCCUUCCUGACUCUGGUGCUGUUUGUGGUGAACACGCAGUCUUCCCAGCUCUCGGAGGCGCUGGCCUGGAAGUUGCACCAGGUCUCCCAGGGUGCCACGCUCCGCAGCACCACCCACGCCUACGGCUUCUCCUUCUGGUUACUGCUGCUGGCCAUGGCGCUGGCCCUGGGCACCGUGGGCUUCAUCUUCCUCUACCAGAAGGCCCGUUACCAGCGGAAGCAGGAGCAGCGGAAGCCCAUGGAGGAGGCCCCUCGGGACGGCAUUCUCUUCUGA